CAUGGCCAUGAAUGGCCUGCUUGAAGGCCCCCAAUCUCCACUUUUGGAAGACACGGUCAUUGGAGCCAUAGACAACAAAGGCCGUCCCGCCAGGCGAUCCACCUCCGGCCGUUGGAGAGCCGCAUGUUUCAUCGUAGGCGCUGCAGUUGCGGAGAGAUUUGCGUAUUUUGGCAUAGAGGCGAAUCUCAUAAACUACCUUACGGGGCAGCUGGGCCAGUCCACCGCCGCGGCUGCCAAGAAUGUGAACACCUGGUUCGGGGUCAGCGCUUUACUGCCAUUAGUGGGAGCCUUUGUUGCAGAUUGUUAUGUGGGUCGAUAUCGCACCAUUGUUGCUGCUUCUCUUCUUUACGUCCUGGGACUGGGUUUGCUAACUCUAUCUGCAGUGUAUUCUUCUCAAAGCCUUUCUGACUGCCAAAACACUGAGAAAAUCAUGUCAUGUUCACCUUCUCGGCCCCAAGUACUCUUCUUCUUUUUCUCUCUAUAUCUAGUAGCAGUUGCCGGAGGUGGGCACAAGACCUGCAACCAGGCUUUUGGGGCUGAUCAAUUUGAUGGACAGGAUCCGGAGGAAUGCAAAGCAAAAAGCUCCUUCUUCAACUGGUGUAGUUUUUGUCUAUGCAUUGGUCUUUCAGUAAGUAUGCUGACCUUGAGCUAUAUUCAAGACAAUCUUAACUGGGUUCUUGGAUUUGGAAUCCCCUGCAUCGCGAUGGUUGUGGCUCUACUCCUUUUCCUGCUUGGAACUGAUACUUAUCGGUAUAGUAUCAAAAGAGACGAGAAGAGCCCAGUUAUGAGAAUCUGUAAGGUGUUUGUUGAAGCAGCAAGGAAUUGGAGAAUAACCCCAUCAUCAGAAAAAGUUAUUGAAGAGGGAGAUCCAGGAACCCUGUCUCACCAAGGGUCUCAAGAAUUCAAGUUUCUGAACAAGGCCUUGCUUGUGCAAAAUUGUUUUGAGGAAGAUGGAAAGGCAUGCAGCGUCAGUGAAGUUGAGGAAGCAAAAUCAGUUCUGAGGCUGUUUCCCAUAUGGUCUACAUGCUUGGUGUAUGCUAUUGUGUUGGCACAGUCAUCUACUUUCUUUACUAAGCAAGGAAUGACCAUGGAUAGAUCAGUAUGGUCGGGCUUUGACAUACCGGCUGCAUCACUUCUAGCUUUUAUCAGCCUCUCCAUUGUCCUCUUUGUUCCAAUAUACGACCGCAUCUUGGUUCCUAUUGCAAGAGACUUCACGAGGGAGCCAUCUGGCAUAACAAUGCUACAGAGAAUUGGAAUAGGGAUAUUUCUAUCUUCCAUUUCCUUAGUAAUUGCAGCAUUAGUUGAGAUGAAACGGCUUAAGACAGCUCAAGAGCAUGGCCUGGUUGAUAUGCCAAAUGCCACGGUUCCAAUGAGGGUGUGGUGGUUGGUUCCCCAAUACGUCUUAUUUGGACUUUCCGAGGUGUUCGCCUUGGUUGGGCUUCAAGAGUUCUUCUAUGAUCAGGUCCCAAAUGAAUUAAGGAGUGUAGGUGUCUCCCUCUACCUCAGUAUCUUUGGUGUAGGGAGCUUUCUGAGCAGCUUUCUUAUCUCUGCCAUUGAGAAAGCAACAGGUGAAGAUGGCCAAGAUGGCUGGUUUAAUGAUAACCUCAAUAGGGCACAUCUUAGUUACUUUUAUUGGCUACUUUCUGGGCUCAGCAUGGUAGGGUUGGCUACCUACUUGCAUUUUGCAAAAUAUUACACUUAUAAUAAAGGAGGUGUUUCAUGAAUA